CAUCUUUAGAUGACCAUCGUAUUGUGCGUUCACUGCCUUCCCCUCUUGUUUUCUGUUCUCAUACAAAUGCUAGUGGAAGCCUUUCGUCCCUAAAUCGAUGGCGCAAGAAGAAUUAUUGCCAAAUUUCGACAACCUGCAUAUAGAUGAUCCUCCUCGUUUCUCAUCUUCUCGCGACCAUAUCCACUAUAGUACUGGGCGCUCACAAGCGGUUAACAUUGCGGCAAAUUCCAACAAACUUCAUUCGCUUCAACUUACAAUUGAAUUGCUCCGGCGUAGUAAAGGCAGGGCAAAGCGACCUUUCGACUCCUUUCGUCUUGUGGAUGCAGACUCUCUCGCUCGUCUGAAUCGAAUGCGAUCUCCUGCUCCAUCUACCUUCAAAACGUCGGCAGGCGCGAUCAACAAGAUAGUGCAACAUAAAAAUUACACAUUCGUUGCUAGCUCCGUUGUUGGAGGCUAUCCUGAUGAACCUGGGGAGACCGAAAAUUCUUAUAAUCGCCCAGGAACAUUUAUUGCAUGGAAAGAUUCAGAACAUCACGUUCUAGAUGGUCACUCUCGACAAUCGCCGUUUCCGAAGCACUACACAGUGAACGAUGUAGCGAUAUGUCCAACGAUGCAACACGGCGACGAUUAUGAUCAGACAAAAGACCACAUAGUGGUCACCACUGGCAAUGAUUACAAACUCAAAAUGUGGCAGCAGUCAGCAGAUGGAUCAUAUUCUCAAUUCCCUUCAUCUUCACGUCGCGGAUAUAAGAAGACACCUGGUUUACAACCAAUUGACAUUGCUGUGAAGCCUGGCGGAGGGAUGUUUGCUGUCUCCGGCCGCCAGGUUCUUCUGCACUCUGAGAGGCUGGGUUGGGAUUCUUAUGAGCUAACUUUGACGCUUCGAGAAGGGAUUCGAGCUGGAUCUCUAAAAUGGGGAUGUGGACUUACCGAUUCGCUGCUAUUUGCAUCAUCGGAGUCUUGUGGGGACGAUUCAGGUGUUGGGUAUCACAAGGCAUUCGAUGCGUCUCGAAGAGCAGAGUCCUUCCAAUUUGACCUCGAUGAAGACGGGGAUGCUAUGGCAGUGGAUGAUUUCGGCGAAAGGGUUGCGAUUGUCACUGUCAAGAAGAAUGACGACGGCAUGGUUGAGAAUGAAAAUCAAUCCGACUAUCAAAGAACCCUCCGGAUAUACGACGUACGGCGCAGGGAUGGCCGACACCAAGCAGAGGUUACCCACCAGAUCGAAUUGGAGUCAUCGGAAGUCAAGUGUGCAUCAUUUAGCCCAGAUGGCAUUUAUCUUGCGAUCGGGAGACUGAAUGGUAGUACUCUUCUGUACGACUCGCGUUUUAUGGAUGAGGUACUCUACGACUUUGCACACGAUGGCUCUUCUCUUGUCUCUCCUGGAAAUGAAUCCUAUGGGAUAACUCACAUGGAAUGGAGGAUUUUACACCAAAAUCGUUUAGGCUUGGUGACCGGCGGGCCAGAUGGCUGUGUUCGGCUUUGGCAGCCUCAUUGGGCACCCCGCAUCACAGAACAAGGUAGAAUUAUUGCUCAAGUUAAUGCCGAUGUGGGAUAUUUUGCUAUUGGUGAUCGCUUUCAAAGCGAACAUGAACUUGUCGUUGGCGACGGGGAUGGUGCUAUAUAUUUCUUCGACGGUAUAGGAAACAUCUAACUACGUGUCUCUGCUUAUAUCUGCAAAGGACUUCUUGUAUGACUAGAAUCUGUUGUAUCUAUAGUGUUGGCUUUCGAGUUUUGUUUACGCUUUUGUCCUUGCUAAGUUACUACCUUCGUAACUUCAUUGAUGCACAUCCCUUGAAGAUUUGCAGAGGGUGCUGUACAGUGAUGAAAACAUGAGACUGUCCAAUUUGUCCAUGAAGAAUCUUUGAAGUAUCUCCAUUCACUACGUCGGCAGUCGCUAAUAACGGCUGGGAUUUACAAAGGGAAAUCUGAGUCAAAACUUUGAUUUC